GGGGGAAGACUGUCUCCAGGCCUUCUGUAAUUUUCUCCGGCGGCAGGACCUCUUUUGGUGUGGCGGCACACAGCAGUUUGGGCGCGGGCCGGAGGGAGGAUGAGUCUCGUACGCCGGCCUGGUCACGUGUGGGACGCAGGUCAGCAGGGUACGUGUCGCAGCGCCAGCGAUGUCACCAAGAGGCCUAAGGAGACAGCAAUGGAAAUUCGUCUUCUUGUUAAAACGUUUGCUUUCAUCCUCCUGAUUGUAUUAGGAAUACCUGGGAAUGUCUUUAUCCUGCUGAAAUUUGCUUGCAUCAAGAUAGUAGAGAAGAAACUUCUACCAGCUAAUAUCAUCAUACUUGUCCUCAUAUUAUCAAACAUCACUGUGAUUUUUUCCAGAGUUCUUCCUCAAGCUUUAGCUGGAGUUGGGGUAGAACAUUUACUAAAUGACUUACAAUGUAAAUUUGUCUUCUGGUCUUUCAGACUUAGCAGGGCCAUGUCUAUCUGUGGCACCAGUUUUCUUAGCAUUUACCAAUGUACACGAAUUGCUCAAGUCAACACGUUUUGGAGCAUAUUCAGACCAGUCAUAACUCAGAAUGUAACGACCAUCAUUGCACUUCUUUUUGGCAUAAACUUAUCAAUUUAUUGUGUGGCAUUUUAUUUCACAAAUGCUAGAGGAAACACAACAACGUCACCAUACACACUGCAGUUAGUUUAUUGUACUUCUGAUUUUAAAACCUAUGAAUCUUUUAUAGUAUAUGGCUCUAUUCUAAUAAUCCGGGACAUAAUAUCUUUGGUGCUCAUGGCUUUAUCUAGCAGUUAUAUAGUAUAUGUAUUAAUUCAACACGCCAAGUCUAUUCAUGGUAAAAGAAGCUCUGACAGAGGACAAAAUACAACAAUAGAACACAAGGCUUCCCGGUCUGUCAUUUUACUGGUAAUAAUGUAUGUUUUGCUUUACGGCAUGGACAACACUAUUUGGAUUUACUCUUUGUCUAUGACCAAAGUAGACCCUGAAAUCAAUGAAAUUCGGGUUCUUUUUGCUACAUCGUACUCUGCAUUGAAUCCAUUCAUUUUUAUAGCUACCAACCCAAAGUUGCAACAAAAAAUCUCAAGUAUUUGGAAAAAGAAAGCAGAAAGUGAAGAAUCGCAGAAGAAAAGCACUACAAUAAGUUUGACUCAAACUAUAUCUAUGUAAAUAAUAUUAGACUCUUGUACAUGGGUCUUGCAUGUAUAUGUUGUAUUCCUAUGUAUGAGAAUGACACAUUAUUGACAACCAAUGUAUGAUGUGACCACGGAUUGGGAAAAGUGAUGAAUUGUACAUUUCUACAAUGGU